GAGUAUUUAAAGAACUCUUACUUUCUUAAAAAUAAGAUAAAAACAACAACAGUGAGCACUUCCUUUUCGUCUACGAGGAGCCGAUGCUUUUUGUCUUCAGUGGCUGUCCUAAAAGUCAUCGUCUAAGUAGAUGCCCCUUUGCUCUCAUUCUCACUCCGGACUUUGUUCCUCUUUCUCUCUCUGCGAAAAGUGGUGUUGGUAGCUUAGGUAGUGCGCGCCAUUAAAGACUCCUGCAAGUGCAGGAAUUGAUGUUCGAAGAGAUGAGUUAGAGAGUCUGUUGGUUUAGAAAGUUUUUGGUGAGAGCUCGGGUUUUUUUGUAUUUAUUGGUUGCUCUAAGAGAUGGAGUCAGAUAGGUCCGAUUCAUCAGGUCCGAUAACGCAACGUGUUUAUUCUUUGGGAGCCGCUGCUGGUGGUGCUACUGAUACCAGAGGAAAGCAUAGGAUACAAGCAGAGCUCAAACGAAUUGAGCAAGAAGCUAGAUUCUUAGAGGAAGAGCUGGAACAACUUGAUAAGUUGGAGAAGGCUUCUACUGCAUGCAAGGAAAUGCUAAACAAUGUGGAGACCAUACCAGACCCACUACUGCCAAUAACGAAUGGUCCCAUGAACCCAUUAUGGGACCGAUGGUUUGAAGGCCCCAGGGAGUCUAAAGGAUGCAGUUGCUGGAUAUUCUGAUUUUGAUUGCCCUUAACACAAUUUGUCUUUUGUCGGAAGAGUAUUUUUGAUAAAAUGCUACAAUUUUGAAGCAAUA